AUUUCUGUGACCGACGGUGUAGUCUACUGCGCGCUCCUCAUCCGCCAGUGCUUAGACACACAUUCGCAGAUACACACACAGACACGCGCACACACACACACACACUCCCAGUCACUUAGACGCACUCUGGGUGAAACCGUCUGCCGGGACCAGCACGCACGCACAUUCUCACUCGGCUUUCGCAGCGCAUCGAGCAUCAUUGCGGUAAGAGGGGAAGGCAGGCAGUGGACCCCUGGCACUGUCACUUGUUUCAACACUCGGCAUUCCAGGUAGGCUAGUGCGGUACGGUCCGCGAAUCUCUCCGGAAAAUAAAAGGACUUAAAACCGCUAGUCGGGGAGGAGGUAGGCUUACGGCAAGGAACUAGCCGUACGGCUCAUUGAGAGAUACAACUUUUGUUAUUUUGCUUCGUGAUUUUCCCACAUUCCUUAACCUUGGAAGUGAAACCUGGUAUCUGAGAGAGGAUGGGACCGUUACUCGUAUUCAUCGUCCUCUGCUUGAGCGCCGCUGUCCCGCAGCUUGUAAAAGAAGGACACACGCAUGCUUCUGCAGAGUUACCUGAAGCAGCAGAUGGUGAGGAACCGACUUCAGCAGGACCCUGUCAGCCGAACCCGUGCCACAACAGAGGAGUGUGUGAAAUCAGUGAAACUUACAGAGGCGACACAUUCAUAGGCUACGUCUGCAAGUGUCCAGCCGGCUUCAACGGUAUCCACUGCCAGCACAAUGUUAAUGAAUGCGAGCGAGACCCUUGUAAAAAUGGGGGGAUCUGCACAGACCUGGUUGCCAACUACUCUUGUGAAUGCCCUGGAGAGUACAUGGGAAGGAACUGCCAAUACAAAUGUUCUGGGCCACUAGGCAUGGAGGGAGGAAUAAUCUCCAACCAGCAGAUAACAGCCUCGUCGACCCACCGUGCUCUGUUCGGACUGCAGAAAUGGUACCCCUACUUCGCCCGGCUAAACAAAAAGGGUUUGGUCAAUGCCUGGACGGCUGCCGAGAACGACAGAUGGCCCUGGAUUCAGAUAAACCUACAGAGGAGGAUGAGGGUCACAGGUCUAAUUACCCAGGGUGCAAAGCGCAUCGGCAGCCCGGAGUACAUCAAGUCUUACAAAGUGGCUUUCAGUGACGAUGGCAAGACCUGGAGGACAUACAAAGUCAAGGGUACAGAUGAGGACAUGAUAUUCCGUGGAAAUGUGGAAAAUAACGCUCCGUCCGCCAACUCCUUCACCCCGCCCAUCGAGGCGCAACUUGUGCGCAUCUACCCGCAGGUCUGCCGGAGACACUGCACCCUGCGCAUGGAGCUGCUGGGCUGCGAGCUCUCAGGCUGCUCUGAGCCAAUGGGGAUGAAGUCUGGUCACAUCCAGGACUAUCAGAUCACAGCGUCCAGCCUCUUCAGAACACUUAACAUGGACAUGUUCACCUGGGAGCCUGGCAAGGCCCGUCUGGACAAACAGGGCAAGGUGAACGCCUGGACAUCUGGACACAGUGACCAGUCCCAGUGGUUACAGGUUGACAUGCUUGUGCCCACUAAAAUCACUGGCAUCAUCACCCAGGGAGCCAAGGACUUUGGCCAUGUCCAGUUUGUUGGCUCCUACAAGGUGGCCUACAGCAACGAUGGAGUGAGAUGGCUAAUAUAUCAAGAUGAAAAACAAAGGAAGGACAAGGUGUUCCAAGGAAACUUUGACAAUGACACGCACAGAAAGAACGUCAUGGAUCCACCCGUCUACGCCCGAUUUGUUCGGAUUCUUCCGUGGUCGUGGUACGGGAGGAUCACCUUACGUGCGGAGUUACUGGGCUGCACAGAGGAAGAGUGACCACCCCUGAACCCCCCUGCCUCGACCCUCUCUCCCUCUCUUUAAUACUGAAUCGUCGAUCCCAGAUCCAGUAUUUCAAUAUAAACUGUGCAACCUGUAAAAAGAAAUCAAUUUCCAAUGGAUUUUUCAAGAAUACGUGUUUGGUAGUGGUGGGUUGCUGUUCUUCCUUUCUGUUUCUUUUUUUGUACCAUGAUUUAAACCUGCCCUUGUUCUUCUUUUGUCCCUUUGAAUUUUUUUUUUUUUUUUUU